AUGCCCUUUCAACUUUAUUUAUUUUCAUUUUUUCUCAUGGUAUUAAACGUAAAGGUCGUUUAUUCACACGAUGGAUUACAUUAUAGGGAAGUCUUGGACUACGUACGAAAUGACGAUGCCAGUACAGGGGAGACCGAAACAAUAAGCCAAGAAUUUUCCAGGAUACAGAAAAACUAUGCAAGAUUGCAUGCUGAAAAAUACAAGGAUUAUAAAGAGAUGGACACCAAAACAAAACAACAUUUUCUGAAAUUGAUACCCAAUAUGAGUGAUAAAUGGAAGGAACAAGCCGCUGUAAAAGAAAACCUGGAUUAUUUCGUAGAGCUCAUGCAGUCAAUAAAAAAUCCAAGUGUAUUUCCAGAAUUUAAGGAAUUGCAGGACAAAAUCAAGGUGCUAAAUGCAAAAUCACAUAGUGAUAACAAAUAA